AUGAACGGGUCAGUGGCCAAAAAGACCCAAGACACGUUAGGGAAAGUUAUAAAGAAACCGCCGCUUACUGAAAAACUGCUCAGCAAACCGCCGUUUAGGUAUCUGCACGACAUAUUCAGUGAGGUGAUCCGGACCACUGGCUUCAUGAAGGGACUCUAUGCAGAGACUGAGAUGAAGUCAGACAAUGUAAAGGAUAAGGAUGCUAAGAUAGCGUUCCUGCAGAAGGCCCUAGAUGUGGUGAUGCUGGUGAACGGCGAGCCCCUGUCGGUCAAGCCAGCGCGCAUUGUAGCCGGCCAUGAGCCUGAGAGGACCAACGAGCUGCUACAGGCCAUCGCCAAGUGCUGCAUCAACAAGCUGUCCAGUGAGGAGGCGGUGAAGCGGGUGCUGGCCGGGGACAAGCUGGACCCCAAGGGGAAGGCCAGCUCCUCCCGGUCCCAGGACAAGGAGAACAGAGAGGGACGAGACCAAGUGGAGAAGGCGAUCCGAGAGCACAGCGCCGGGGGUUGGGAGCAGAAGGACCCAGACCUGCCCAAAGAGCAAGAGGGCAGGCGGGGCGACAAGGAAAAGGAGCGCCACCGCGACAGAGAAAGGUCAAAGAAGAGCCGCGAUCGAGACCGUACCAAAGACCGUGGCAAGGACAAGAGCCGGGACCGAGAGUGGGACAAAGACAAUGAAAGAGAGAAAGACGGAGAACGAGACAAGGAGAGGGACAGAGACAGGGAAAAAAGCAAAGACAAGGAGUCGCACAGAGGGAGAGACCGAGAGAGGGAUAAGGAGAAAGAUUUAAACCCGGAUAAACGGCGAGACAAGGGAGAGAAGGAGAGAGAGCUCCGACACAAACAGGGGGAGGAGAAAACCAAAGUGCCAGAGAAUGGUGACAAAAAGGCCAGAGCGUCAGAGGACACAAAACACAGACCACAUCCAGAGGAGCCCAGUAAAACGGCCAAACCUGAACCAGCGUCUGACAGUCCAGCCAGAAUACCUCGGCCUUCGUCUGCCAAGGGGCAGAGGCGCUGGCCCAAAGCAGGAGGCCAACAAGAAGAGUUUGACAGUGAAGAUGGAGACACUCCGUUGGCACAGAGGCCGGUCCCCCUGGAGAACGGAGAUGCCACAGACGCAGUGCCAGCCCACAUGGCCCACAGGAGGAUACCUCGGCCCAGCAGCGCCCGGCCUGCCCCUCCUCGGGUCAAGAGGCAGGAGAGCUACACUGACGUGACCCCAGCUGAAAGGCUGACCAGUGCCAAGCCCCCGGCGGCCGUCAUCACGGAGGGUAAGAAGCUUUCUGAGGAUGAAGAUGAGCAGUUUGUGGUGUUGGAGGCCGCCCCUCCUCCCCCCGACAUGCCCAAGAUGGAGCCAACAGUGGAACUCCAAGGCGAUGAGAAUCAUGGUGGGCUGGUGAAAAAAAUCCUUGAAACCACGAAAGACUUUGAAUCAUCACCAUCAUCUCCAAAGUCCAAAGACCAGACCCAGAGCCUGGUGUCGGAGGCGUCCAGGAAGAAGGAGCGGGACCUGGUGUCGAGGGAGAUUGAGCGGCUGCGCUCGUCCAUCCAGACAGUGUGCCGCAGCGCCUUGCCCCUCGGCAAGAUCAUGGAUUACAUCCAGGAGGACAUGGACGCCAUGCAGAACGAGCUGCACACCUGGAGGAGGGAGAACAAGGAACAUGCGCAGGCCCUGCUGCAUGAACAGAGAGUGACGGACAGCGCGGUGGAGCCUCUGAAGGCCGAGCAAGCCGAGCUUGAGCAGCUGAUCAAGGAGCAGCAGGACAAGAUCUGCGCCGUCAAGUCCAACAUCCUGAAGAAUGAGGACAAGAUCCAGAAGAUGGUAACCAGCAUCAACUUCUCCUCGCGAAUAUGAGGGGGAGCCAAGGUCCAAAUAAAGGAUUAUCGCCCUUAAAAAAGGACAGAGCGUUCAGGGUGAGCCUGGUUCUUACUUAGUCUGGUGAAGUCCGAAAUGGAGGCCUCAACUGCACUUUUACACACCCACACUGACUGACUGGUUAGGGGAGAGAGGGUUCGAAGUCAACCCCCUAGGGAGGGAGAGAGAGACGCAUGUUAUUUUGCUAGUGCUCCAUCCACUUUAAGUUGAUUAACACACCUUUACUACACUGAACAAAAAUAUAAACGCAACAUGUAUAGUGUUGAUACGAUGUUUCAUUAAAUUAAAAUAUCCAUACGAACUAUUACCAUAGUUCUCUCAAAUUUGAUGCACAAAUUUGUUUAGAUCUCUGUUAGUGAGCAUUUCUUCUUUUCUCCUCCAUUUCUCCAUCCACCUUAUAGGCGUGGCAUAUCAAGAAGCUGAUUAAACAGCAUGAUCAUUACACAGGUGCACCUUGUGCUGUGGACAAUAAAAAGCCACUUUAAAAUGUG